CAUGUCGGGCGUGUGGUAUGAAGGGCCACUGGGCUAAGGAUAAAGUCUGUCGAGCCAAGUCUCAGAAGUGUUGGAAGUGUGGGUCUGUGGGCCACUUCAGCAACUGUUGUCCCAACCAGAGUAAGAGUGUCGAUGCUGUGCAAAUUCUGUCAGUGUCUGCCCAAGAUGUCAAUGCUGUUCGUGAGGUGCCAUGUCCGUACUACACCGUGACCAUCAACAGACACCCAGUGAGGAUGCUAGUCGACACCGGUUCUGCGGUAAGCAUCAUUCCAGCGAGGCUCUACCACCAGAACUUCAGCAGCGUUCAGCUGCGGCCAGCAGGUCCGCUGUCUCAGUGGAACGGCAGCGGCAUCAACGUCCUGGGGAAGAUGACUGUGACCGUCCGUGGAUCUGACUCUGGACUCCAGAGAUGGAUGCGGCGUUCAACGACGUCCGGCAGGCGAUCCUCGACUCUGACGCCCUGUCGAUGUUCGACCCCAGCCUGCCGACCGUUGUCACGACGGACGCCAGUGAUGUCGGCUUGGGAGCCGUCUUGAGCCAGGUACAUCCUGAGGGCGAGAGAGUCGUCGCCUUCGCUUCGUCCACGCUCAACGCUGCACAACGGAGGUACAGUGUCACAGAGCGUGAGGGGUUAGCGUGCGUCUGGGCCUGUGAAAAAUGGCACAAAUAUCUGUGGGGUCAAGAGUUUGUGCUACGUACCGAUCAUGCUGCCUUGAAAUCGCUGUUGACUGUCAGGGGUGUUGGUCGUGCCGGCAUGAGGAUGUCUCGCUGGGCGGUGCGCCUGAUGAACUACUCGUUUGCAGUGGAACACGUCAAGGGCCAGCUGAACCCGUCUGACGGCCUCUCCAGACUGCCGGGACCGGAGCAAGAGGUCGAGGAUGACGAGUCCGAGCUGGUGGCCUGCCUCGCCGACGAGACGUCAGCCGUCAGCCGUGAGGAGCUAGCGGUAGCGGGACGGGAAGACGCUGAGGUAAGGGCCCUGAUGGACCAGAUCCCUCGGGAGUGGCCCCGUCGCUUCAGUGAUGUUGAUGACGUCCUCAGGCCGUAUUUCCGCUGUAAGCAGGAGCUAGCUAUCGACGGUGAGCUGAUUUUGCGUGGUGAACGGAUCGUGGUUCCCACUGUGCUCAGACCUCGGUUGCUGACGCUGGCACAUGAAUCCCACCAGGGUAUCGUCCGGACCAAACAGCGGCUUCGAGCGCUGUUCUGGUGGCCCGGAAUGGACGCAGCGGUGGAGACGACCAUCAAGGAGUGCCCAGCCUGCAUCGUGGCCGACAAGACGGCGAAGACGAGGUUCGCACCACUCAGUCCUGUUCCCCUGCCAGCUGCAGCCUGGGAUAAGGUGGGACUUGACUUCAUCGGCCCGAUGACAGGACCACCAAAUCAAAGGUAUGCGAUAGUCCUCGUAGACUAUUACUCGAAAUGGCCAGAGAUGGCGUUUGUCCGUGAACCGUCAAGUGAUGCUGUCAUUGACUUUCUGCUGACUGUGACGUCACGGGAGGGAUGGCCAAGGGAGGUUGUCACUGAUAACGGUACUCACUUCACAUCUGUGAAGUUUGGACAGUUUCUGAAGAAGCAUGGUGUCAAGCAUGUCAGAGUGUCACCGUAUCACCCUGCAGGUAGUGGUGCUGUAGAGCGUUUGAAUCGUGACAUCAAAUCUGCUCUCCAGAUGGCGGACCAGCAGUCGGUGGACCGCCGACAGUACCUGCAGUCCUACCUCCGCACGUACCGAGCGACGCCGCACGGAACGACCGGCCGGAGCCCGUCCGAGCUGCUCCACGGCCGGCAGAUGCGGACGGACCUGGACAGCGCAGUCGCACCGGAAGGUGGCAGCACCGGAGACGCCGCCUUGCGACAACGGGUCAGCCGAAAGCAGCGCCAGAUGAAGCGACACUUCGACAACAGGAAGCGGGUCUGUGCACCGACCAUCCAGGUGGGAGACUGGGUCCGGUAUCGGGUGAUGCCGCGGCCACGUAAAGGACGCCCGCGUUUCUCGUCACCGUGUCGUGUAACUGCUCGUCGUGGACCUGCUUCGUAUGAGCUGGAGGGUGGAGUGCGUGUCCACGCGGAGCGCCUGUCUCGCUGCUCACCACCCGAUCUUCCCAGGUCUGCACCGUCUCCUGAGUGCACUGGAGUACCGGAGGCCGAGGUGGACCUGCCCUGUCAGCCAGUCACAGACUCUGCUGCGUCGUCGACCGUCGGGCUGCGACGGCGAGCGCCAAUCGCAGUCGACGCCGCUGCCAGCGCUGCCACUGGUGACGUGACGUCGGAGCAGUCGUCCGUCGCCGGAGCAGCCGCAGCGCCUAGCCUACCUCGCGACGCUGGCGAUGGUGCUGUUCAUCGUGCUGGAGGAGAUCACCAGGCGGAAACCGGGACGACGACGACCGAGCGUGCGGGUGACGAGUCGGCGUCAUCUUCGGAGCCGGCUUCGCCGUAUCGAACGCGUAGUGGACGUGUCGUACGUGCGCCGGAUCGCUUUGUUUAAGGGGGGAGAAAAGUGUGGUAUCGUGAUCCUGUGUUGGGAACUUUCCAUCAUGCCGUGCCUGUGUGCGCCGGGCGGCGCCGGCCGAGUAGCGCGGGCGCGGACUCGAGCGCGCGGACCAAUCGGCAGCCGCCACGACCGCGGUGACCCCGCCGAGCUGACCGGCGCGGCGGUCGGGUCAGACAGUGCGCGCGGUGCGGCCGGUCGAGGCUGAUGUGUUCUUUCUUGGCGCUUAUUUGAACUCUUUCGUUACGUAUUUCAUUCUUGCUUUUACGUUAAUAUACUACA